CGCGGAAGACGCUGCCGGUUCUCCACGUCUCGCCUCCUCCUCCUCCUCCUCCGCCGCCUCGCUCGCGCUCCCGUCUUCGUGGCCUAGGCCUUGUUAAGUGAAAUAUUUUCGUUCCUUUUAGCGACAUGGGUAUGGAGCAUUUGAUGAGUGUGGUGAAUCCUUCAUCAGGUUAUGCCUUACAAAGAGGUCCCGACCGUCAUGAUGAUGGACCAAUGGAGGAAAUGAAAGAGCUACAAAGGCAGAGAAGAGAAACAAAGAUGGAAACGUGCCAAAGUACAGAAAGCAGGAGUGGAGCGAUCAGAUGUCCAAUACCAUGCAAAAGCAGCAGGCCGUACAGGGAGUGUGAUUUCAAAACUUCGCAAGAUCUCUCUGAUUUCAUUGUGGGCAAGGCUUCUCCUCCAUACUUUAUGGGAUCUCCGCCAGUUCGUGCAAGCAAUCCCCUUGUCCAUGAUACACACUUCUGUUCUUGGAAAGUACAAAAUGUCGAUCAAUCACCUGGCAUUCCUAUACCAACCAAGAGUUGCAGUGUUGACUAUUGGGCGAGAGGAGGAUCUGUUACAAAGUCUUGAAGCUACAUUUAAUCAGUUUCAUGACUGCUCAUAGACCCGCUGUGGAGUUGUAGUUGUAAUUCUGGUUCUUCCUACAAGUACAGCUGUACAUAUGAGUUGCCAACCUCUGGAAGCUAUCGUUUUCAAGGUUCCUUUUUUGUGUGUCAUCUCAUCAGAAGUCCUGUAUAUAUCUUUUUGUUGAAUUUAUGGGCAGCUAGGCUAGUUUCUACAUGUAAAAUUGUUGAACUCUGUUGUAGAGAAAUGAGGUAUCCUGAAUGAAAAUUACUGCAUUUCUGUA